UUUCCCUGGACGUACACUCCUGCCCUCGAAUGCAUUUAUCUCUGGAUUCCAUAAACAUGGCGGAUGACGGCUACCUCUCGUCAGAAAACUACCACGACCUGGGUAAAGGAGGCGGAUCAGCGAUGGGCGGGCGCUUGCACAGCAUCGACGUGAUUCUGGGCUUCAGUAAGGAACAGGACCCUCUGCUCAACCCUGUGGGACCUGCUGGGGGCCAUAAAGGUGACGGAGAUGUCCUGGUGGAACAGGGGAAACAGGUGACCUCUGACCCUUAUGCUCACCUGCCCAGCAUGUCUGACAACUCCCAUCAGGCUGCCUAUCAUGGCUCUUUAGAAACAGGACUCUUCUCAAAUGAUAAAUGUGAAGGCGAGGUUGGGGAUCUUCACCAUCGUGGUGUGGAGAGUGACAGCAGGUCUCCCGAACCUCUAGAGGAUGACCAACCCAAGAAGAAACACCGUCGCAACCGGACCACCUUCACCACUUACCAACUGCACGAGCUAGAAAGAGCUUUUGAGAAAUCCCACUAUCCUGAUGUGUACAGUCGAGAAGAGCUGGCCAUGAAGGUCAAUCUCCCAGAAGUACGAGUGCAGGUCUGGUUCCAGAAUCGGCGUGCAAAAUGGCGGCGUCAGGAGAAGAUGGACACUGGUAGCAUGAAGCUCCAUGACUCACCUAUGCUGUCCUUCAACCGGUCUCCCAUGCCCUCCAAUGUAGGGCCGAUGAGCAAUUCCUUGCCCUUAGACUCCUGGUUAUCGUCACCCCUCUCCAGUGCCACUCCCAUGCAUAGCAUCCCGGGAUUCAUGGGUCCAUCCCAAAGCCUGCAACCCACCUACUCGAGCCACCCGGGCUUCCUUAACUCAACUCCAGGCAUAGUGCAGGGAAUGCAGCCCAUGCCUCCUCCACCGUACCAGUGUCCACCGGCCUUCAAUGACAAGUAUCCACUGGACGACAUGGACCGCAGCUCCAGCAUUGCAGCUCUGAGAAUGAAAGCCAAGGAACACAUUCAGUCCAUGGACAAAACCUGGCAGCCCAUGUGA